CUUUGCUGUUCCAAUACGAAUGGCGCUCGUUGAGGACGUCGACGUUGAAGAGCCUUCCAUCAGCAUUGAUAUGCGCGAUCUGGACGACGUCAAGCAGGGCAUGCGGUCGCUGGACCAGCGCAUCCAGGCGUCCCUCUCGCUCGCGUCGGAGCUCCAGUUUGAGCGCACGCAGCUGGCUCGCGAGCGCACGCGACGGCUUAUGGACAUGGCCAACAUAUCAAACGAUCUAUCUCAGGUACAGGAACUCGUCACCGCAGCUCACAACACUCGCAACCAGCACAUCAAGCGCGUGCAGACGGAUAUCGAGACAUAUGGAGAACUGCGAUUGCAGCUAGCUCAUAUGAUUGACACGAUGGAGAUGGCCGGACAGCUGAGCGGGAGGCUGCCACGGGGCUUGCUGGCGCAGGUGCAACACUUGGAGAACUUGGACGCGCUGGUCGCGGCCGCCCCAAAGCAGAUUGAAUCCGCCCUUGAGCUGGUCAGCCAAGAGUCAGCCACAGUCAUUGUUGAGCCACUAGCAGCAUUGCUUGCUCCCAUCUUGCCUCCCGCGGCCGAUCCUUCCGAUCCCAGCCACCAAACUUCCGUUCCACCCACCUCGGCUCCAGCAAUUGCCUCAGCAAUAGCAAGCUCGUCUUCUGGUGUAACCGCACCAUCGUCGCCCAACACCGGUCUGGUGCUUAGUUUGAGUACUCGCAAACGGGCACAUUCCUCGACUGAUUCGACAGGUUCUCGGCAAGAGCGACGGUUGGAUUCGUAGUUUGCACGCAUUUCUUCAUUCUCUUAUUCGAUAGCUGUUGUUGCCUUUGUAAAUACACCCAGUUGGCGACCA